UGGGCGGGAUAGGGCUAUGGUAGUAAAAACGGAGGUUUACAAAUUAAUCUUUGAUAACAGUAGCCAUCCUCAAGGGCUGUACUGAAAGGGUUUCAUUCAACGUUGCCCGUUUCACGUACACUACAGUUCCCAGGGAGCCGAGGGUCUCUCAGUGCAGUAUCCAGGAAGUCGUCUGUGGUUGUCAAGCAAACUUUUACUUGUAAGCAAAGUGGCCUGAGUCUUUAAAAUGUGCAGACUGUCUUCCUAGACUGCAGUUUCCUGCAACAGGUAGCUGUGAGAGAUGAAUUGCUGUCAUGGGUCUGUGCCCCAGGAGGUCCGGCCCGGUACAGCACGGGUCCUGGUGACUGAGCUGAGUGGACCGGGGCAUAUCAACCCAACUCCGGCCACAAAGCCCUGUGAGGAAUCUGAGACAGCAGUGGAACUUUAUCUCUCUCCAGAGAAGCUGGAAUUGCUGUGUGGAACUCAGGACCUCUCUCACGUGACCUCGAUGGAGAUCUGUGUAGACACACAAGAAAACACACUGGGUAACUUUGGUGCCCUCUUGCCCAAGCUGGUGCAGCUGAAAAUGAACAACAGCAUGAUCGUGUCAGUAAGAGACCUGGGAACAACCCUCUCCCACCUGCAGGUGCUGUGGAUGUCUCGCUGCUGCCUACAAGACCUAGAUGGCAUUUCUUCUCUCUCCUCUCUUAAGGAGCUGUACGUGGCCUAUAACAGUGUGUCAGACCUGAGUCAGGUUGGCAUGCUGGAGAAUCUGCAGCUGUUAGAUCUGGAAGGGAAUGAUGUGGAUGACUUAGUACAGGUCCAAUAUCUGGGGUUGUGUGGCAAACUCCAGGCACUCACCCUGGAGGGAAAUCCUGUAUAUGUGCGCCCAAACCCCACCGCCACUAAGACUACAGACUAUAGAUAUCGGGCUGCAGUGAGGGAGUUGGUCCCUCAGCUGCGUUACCUAGACGAUGUAAGGGUGGAGGAGGACACGCUGAGCUGCAGCAGCACCAUGGGACAAGACUGGGCCAUUCUCCGAAACUCCAUCAGAGACUGCAACUCCUCUCAGGUUGCUACUGAAGACGAGGAGACAGCAGACAGUGCGUGUCCUUACAGCAGACCCAGCUCAGCCAGGUGCCCUGCUUCCAGCCACUCCUGUGUCUGGCCGCUCUUCUCAGCGGGCUCCAGACCCCACACUGGCUCCAGACCCAUGUCAGCGACCAGGCCUGGAGUUUUCUCCCCUCAUGGAUCCAGACCUGGUUCUGCAGACUCAGAUUCAGCAGCAGUGGAAGCAGAAACCAGCAUCCUAACACAUGGAGCUGGUAAGGUCCUGUUCUGUGGAAACCCGGUCCAGGCUAUGCGAGCAAGGCGAGAGAAGUUGAGGACGGCACCCACCAAGUCUACUUUCACCCCCCGUGACCUGCCCAUCCAUGUGCCAGAGCACACGUAUGACCUUGAGGAGCCUGAUUUUAGACAACGCAGUGAUGUGUUUGCUGAGCUUAGAGCCUGGAGGGACCAACACAGCAGGCGUCUCCAGGCCAUAGAGACAGAAAGAUUACCACAGGUCCUGGUCAUUUGCCACAGUGAUGAUGAAGAAGAAGGUUUUGGUGGUAUGAGGAAUGACGGUAGUAAUGAAGAACAUGUUGAGGAGAAGCAUGGGGACAGCCUAGAUACUGCCUCACUAGAUUCCUCUUUCCAGUCUCUUUUCCCAGACCUGUAUAGUAGAGAAGCCUUAUCCCCUGAUGUGGCUCAACUGUCCCUGUCCUCAGACUCCACGCUGUCCCCUUCCCCCCCUGUCAGUGCCGCAGCAGCUUCUGGUAAUCGGAAACCACAAGGGAUGCGUGCACGUAGGCUUCGGCUCAGCCAGGCCUAUUCAGAACAUUUAACAGAUUCCCAUGGGACAGGUACAACAGCAGGAGACACAGAAUGGACGCUCCAGAAGAUCCAGCAUGUGACCAGGACCAACAUGUCUCUGUUACCCCAGGCUGCACGCAUACCCCGCCCACCACCAACAAGUGCCCUUCGUGAAGGGCUCGUGGAUUCAUUGUAUGGCAUUAUCAAAGCUUAUGUUUAUAUGUGCGGAGAUGGACUCAUCGAGUGUACAGUCCAGCAACAAGCACCUUCACACUCCUCAGAUGUCCAAACUUCAGGACAGACCAUUGAUUACCCGUCCUCACACAGCCAGGGCAGCUCUACAGAAACAUCACCAGCACCAUAUUCUCCAGCCUUGCAGAGGGAGCUCACACCCAGACUGACACCAGAAUGGGCUGAUGUUUGGCUGCCUUGCCAGUGAUGAGUAUGAAUAGUACGUGCCUAUUCCCUGCCCUUAAAAACAGAGUGGUAGCAUGGAGACAAUUCAAGAGAAAUUUGCUCUGAACCUCGCUCGCACCAUUCUUUGAGGUGUGUUGGGAUUAACAGUAUUUUGCCAUAAAUUCUCUCUCUUUUUCUUUUAAAGAAGAUCCAGUAGCUACUGUAAGCAGUUCCACUACUGUUGGGGCUGACACGCCAGCAUCCUUCAAUAUGAAUAAUUGUGUAAAUAAUAAUAGUAACAGAAUGGUUGGAGGACUUGCUAUAAUGGGAUCAUCCCUCUGAUGAUCCCAUUUGGUUUUUAGCUGGAUGAAAAUGAAUGUGGGUUGUACUUAAUACCUCAUAUUUGCUUUUCUCAGUUUG